AUGCUAGGCCAAAUGGGCUCCUACGCCCGGCCCUCCGCCGACGUGGGCGACGUGCUAGACCUCUACCUGCACGGCUACGUCUCCUCGCGCAUCAUGAACCUGUCGCGCGACUCCGCCGCCGCCGCCGCCACGGGCGACGAGCCAAAGGCCGUCGGCAUGCCCAUCACCGUGGCGGCCACGCACUUUGACGGGCUCGUGCUGGCCCUCUCGCCCAAUGCCCACAGCUACAACUACCGCUCGGCGGUGCUCUUCGGGCACGCCGUCGUCGUGACCGACGUCGCGGAGCGCCUGUACGCCAUGGAGCUCAUCACCGACGCCGUGGUGCCGGACCGCUGGCGCAACACGCGCGUGCCGCCCAACAAGGCCGAGAUGAGCAGCACCACCAUCCUCAAGGUGAGCGUCUCGCACGGCAGCGCCAAGGUGCGCCAGGGCAUGCCCCACGACGAGAGGUGCGACCUCGAGGACGAGGCCGUCAUGGACGGCGUCUGGAACGGCGUCGUGCCGGCCUACACCGUCAUGGGAGAGCCCAUCCCGAGCCCGUACAACAGGGUCAAGGAGGUGCCCGCGUACCUGCAGGAGUGGAUCAAGGAUAUCAACGAGUCCAGGCGCGAGAUGGCGGUCGAGGAGAUGACAAAGGAGCCUGAGCCCAAGGAGGCCAAGUAG